AUGAAUACUGCAACGGCUUUUUUAGAAGCUUGUAACGAAUUGUACAUAACUUUAAAAGAAAACGCCAUUCCUACCGCGUGGCGCGGUGCUCGCGCAGGCUCGUCGUGUGAGUCCGCCGUGUGUGCUUGCCUUGUUUGCGUGUGUGUGCUCUCUGCGUGCACUCAUUGCUUCCCUUUUACAAGAGCUUUGUGCUCGUUCGGGCUGGUCUUUCGCACCAACCACCUCAAAAAGCCACCUGCACCGAUGGCCGGCAGCGACCUGCGCACCGUGAGGUUUAUAAAUACGCAGCUCCUGGGCCGCAGACGCCCCACCGUGGAGCUCGUCUCCGAGGACGAGCACGACCUUCAAGAGGACCCUGCCAUCGCCAUGAACUCGCUGAGCACCGAGACCACCGCGGACCGCGAGGAAGUGCUCUUCGACUGCGCGGAGCUGUACGAGGCCCUGGCAGACGUGGAGCCCACGCUGUUCAAGCACGCGCACCGCAGCUAUCUGGACUAUGCGCUGGGCCACCCGCUGCCGCCGCAGAUGAAGGCGCUCGACGCCUCGCAGCCGUGGCUCCUGUACUGGACAGCGUGCGCGCUGCGACUAAUGGACCCACAAUGGCUCACGCAAGACGUGCAGCGCAAGAUGGUCCACAAGCUGGCGCUGUGCGCACUGGACUCGGGCCCCUACUGCGGCGGGUUCGGCCAGCAAGCGCACCUUGUGUGCAACUACGCGGCCAUCAACGCCCUCGCGCUGUGCGACAACAUCGACGGCUGCUGGGCGUCCAUUAAGCGUGAGGGGAUCUACGAGUGGCUACUGACGCUCAAGAUGCCCGGCGGCGGGUUCCGCACCGGCGCCCUGCUGGGCGAGUGCGACUCCCGCUCCACGUACUGCGCGCUCAGCGUGGCGUCCAUGCUCGGGGUACUGACCCCGGAGCUGUGCGAGGGCGUCGAGGCCUUCCUGCUCCGGUGCCAGACCUACGAGGGCGGAUUCGGCGCCUGUCCGCACGAGGACGAGGCCCACGGGGGCUACACCUUCUGCGCGGCCGCGGGCCUGGCUAUUCUCGGCUCGCUGCGCAAGUGCGACACGGCCAAGCUGCUUGACUGGUGCAGCGCGCGCCAGACCAAUGAGGAGAAGGGCCUCUCGGGCAGGAGCAACAAGCUCGUCGACGGCUGCUACAGCUACUGGGUCGGCGCUGUCGCCGCGAUUUUAGAGGCCUACGGGCUUGGCGAAAGCAUCGACAAAAGCCAGUUGCGGGAGUACAUUCUCAAGUGCUGCCAGAGCAAAGAAAGGCCGGGCCUGAGGGACAAACCAGGCAAGUCUCCCGACUACUAUCACACUGCCUACGUGCUCAUGGGGCUCUCCGCGACGGAGUACUCGUUCUCGGUGCGCGACUGCCCGCAACGCAUACAGAGCGCGCGCCUCGUCGAGCAGCCCGACGUCGAGCCCGUCAACCCCAUCUUUGGGCUCCCAAUCGACGUCUUGGCAAGGUUCGUGGACUACAACGCAGCGCGUUAG